UGGUUUCGUUACAUUCGAAAACGAAGACGUUGUGGACAAAAUCUGUGAAAUUCAUUUUCAUGAAAUUAACAACAAAAUGGUUGAAUGUAAGAAAGCUCAACCUAAAGAAGUCAUGAUGCCUAACGCCGUUGUACGAGGCAGAGGAUCAGGCAGAGGGGCAUUCGACCUUGUCUGGCCGCUUGGAACAUUAACAGAUGAUUCUGACGUCCUGUGUACCCCCCUGUCUUCAGUAGGGUUCCCGGCCUAUAGCUACGGACGGGCGAGUUACCCAGGAUACCCAGGUUUCGGUCAUCUAUUUGCAGGUCGUUCAGAGGAGCCCUGGAGUUCCAACAACAAUCGCUAAACGUUAACGGGUGUAAGUUGGAGCCAUGAACAGAAAUAGAUUCGAUCACGGAUUAGUUACUUGUUGCUACAUCACAGUGCUAUUUUAAUCAGUUGUAAGUGUUUAUUUAAUGCACGCUCUCAGCUAGUGAAACACGUGGAAAAUGACGUCACAAUAAAAUCUUUGAAUUCCUCUUUAUAUAUUUAAUGCACGCUCUCAGCUAGUGAAACACGUGGAAGAUGACGUCACAAUAAAAUCUUUGAAUUCAUCUUUAUAAUUAGAGGAGCUAGUCAUGUCUAAUAAUUCCUGCAGUAGAGUGGUUGGUUAU